AUGCUGAUUCAGGAACAAGAACCUAGUGCCAUCAUUAUCAUCAUCAUGGAUAGGAUCAAUUGCUUAAACAAUGACAUCUUUCACAACAUUCUCGGCAGAUUACCAGCCUUGUCCUUUGCUGCUGCGGCUUGUGUUAACAAAACUUGGUACCAUGUCUGCUCUCAAAUCCUCUCUCGUCCCAAGCUUGUCUCAGCUCUCUCUCUUAAUCCUUCUCUCAGGGAUGCUGUGGCUGAGGUUCUUGACAAGGUUUUCAGCAAGCCAAUUCGUCCAGACUUUGCCAUAGCUUGCAUCAGUGAAAAACAUGGCUUGAGAUUGGCUCAUCUACUCCUCACUCGAAAACUUGGAGCCAAAAUUCCUUUGGUUACUCAUAUUUCCAAUGGGGUAAUGGGCAGGGAUGCGCUGACAGAUGAGAUGAAAGAAGCGCAAUGGGAGUAUUUUGACUAUAGUUGUCCUCAUCCUCGUGAGUCUAAUGUAUUUGGUAAUGCAAAUCAAGGGAUUGUUUUGAUAGUUGGAUAUUUACCUGGACUAAAAGUUGAGGCUGUACCUUUCUUUCAUCCAAAGAGGGACGACGACCCUGAUAUUACCAUGAUUGACCAUAGCGAGUUUGUUAAAGAAAUCAAGGCUUACACAGCUUCUGUUUCAAACGAUGAUUUCCCCGCUGCCAUAAUGAUGUUUGGAGAUCGUAAUAGUGACAUGAAUUCCAUUGUUGCAAAAAUGGAUCAUGUUAUGCCAAAGGAAACCGCUAUCGUUGGCGAUGCGGGUGGCUGCUUUUUGUUCAAUAGUUUGAACUAUACUAUAACUUGUGAUGAGAAUUCAUACAUACUUGAUGCUGUUGCUCUGGUAUUUGCUACAGAUAAAGACAAGUCUCCUGGGGAAACUCAAUUCCAUGUUGUAAUGGCUGGGAGUUUAAUUCCAUUCGGGCCCCGAUUAGAGGUGGUUGCUGUUGGAAUAAAACCAUCAAAGAAAUGUUCCUGGCUUUGUGCUAAAAUUGAAGGACUUGAUUUAAUUUUGAGCAUGGAGGGUGUGUUGGAGACUAUUGCAGAGACAGUACAUGGUCAACCUCCUGAUUUGUACCUUGCCGUAACGCAAAAAAGAACAUACAACUCCAGAGAAGGUACAAGAUUUACGACAUCCACGGCCUUCUAUCAUGUCAUAGGGUGUGAAGAUGAUGUCAUCUUCUUCAUUGAUGGCGUUGGGGUGAGGCCUGGUGAUUCAUUCAUUUUCUACCAUAAAGACGCAGAAACUACAAACAACACCAAUGGCAUUGCCUUUGACAUUCUAUACACGUUGGAGGAGAAUACAAAUAACAAAGAUGGCGUUUUUGGUGCUUUAAUCUUCACUUGCCAUUCUCGUGGUCAAUCAUAUUUUGGACAACCUAAUGCUGAUAUGUUACCAUUCGUUUUCAACUUUCCUGGGGUCCCAGUAGCUGGAAUUUUCUGCAAUGGUGAAAUAGGGCGUGGUGGCUCUACAAGUUUCAUCAAAGAAGAGGAGUAUCAGGAACAAAGCCCUCCUCAUUGCUCUAUUCAUGCUUGUAGUGCGGUUAAUUUGGUCAUGUCUUAUCUUCCUCCUCCAUCUAUGGAGCACUAA